AUGUCUGAAAGCUUGGAAGACCAGAUCGUGCGGCUGGAGCUUCAACUUCGUGGCCUGCGCCAGUUUGUCACCUUCAGAGUGGCGCCUUCGUCACCUAAAAAGGACGUAACCAAGGACUCAGACGCCUCUGAACUAGAGGGUAAACAUGUAUACUUAUCAGCUAAAAUCAAUGGCAAUCUUGUGGUGAGGCCUUACACUCCAUUACAUUGUGAUGCUAAAGGAUAUGUUGAUCUGUUAAUAAAGGUCUACUUUAAAGAUCAAAAUCCAGACUUUCCAGAUGGAGGCAAGAUGUCCCAGUACCUGGACAAUCUCUCUAUAGGGGAAACUAUUGAAUUUCAAGGUCCAAAGGGACUUCUUGUAUAUCAAGGAAAAGGUUACUUCGAUAUUCAACCAAACAAGAGAUCCCCGGCUGAGAGAAAGUUUGCCAGUCAGGUUGGAAUGAUAGCAGGCGGAACAGGGCUUACCCCAAUAAUUCAGCUAAUCCAUGCUAUUCUAAGUGACCCAGAAGAUGAAACUAAAUGUUUUUUGCUGUUUGCCAAUAAGUCAGAAGAUGAUGUACUCCUCCGUAAUGACCUUGAGAAGCUAAAGGAUGAGUAUUCAGAACGCUUUAAGCUGUGGUUCACUCUGGAUAGUGCAACAGAAGAAUGGGAAUACAGCAAUGGUUUUAUUGAUUCGAAGAUGAUCAAAGAGCAUCUACCACCACCUGCUGAUGAUGUCAUCAUUUUGCUAUGUGGUCCUCCAGCCAUGAUAAAAUUGGCUUGCAAGCCAAGUCUAAAUAUAUUAGGAUAUCAUGAAAAUAUGAGUUAUGUUUUCUAA